GGAAACGUAUUUUUCUUAUAUUUUGUUGUGUUUGGUGCAUUGACUGAAUUUAUUUAAUUACUUCUAUUUAUUAUUCCCUGUGGAAUUUGUGUAUUAACAUUUUUAUUUAUAGUCGGUAUCUGUAUUAUAUUAGUGAGCACUAUGAGAUACCGGUUAUAAAAGUCUUCCUGUGAAAACUUAGCUUGAUAUUUCUGUUAUUUGACUGACGCCGCAGAUUUCUAGCUUUGUUUCCUGCUAUUCUGACGUAAAACGAAAAUAUAGCUAGUGCCUAUCCAGCUCAAUGGAAUGUGGGGAUACAUAAAAUGGCAAAAUUGAUGAAUUGGCCGGAAAUUGGCGCGAGAUCAGAGGACAGUGCGUAUGCGGUGACUUGCGGCUGGUCGUCCCCACUUCGCUGCUGCUUGCAGCAAAUAAAACAGAGUUGUCGAUCGUGGACCCGAAUCGUCGCUCGACAGAACAACCAGCCUGUUGCUCGGACCGUACCCAUGAUAGCACUCCCUUUAUGAACGAAAUGGACGAAAUAUCAUUUUGGAUCAACACCAAGAGAGCUCCUUGCCUCUUUUACAUUGACAGUGUAAGCAGCUCCAAGCCUGAAAGUAUUCAUAGUAUACCUGACAUACCGUUACCAUCUCCUAAAAAGAAGAAAAGAAAAUUAUCUAUUCUAGAUGACGAAUCUUCACUGUCAGAGAGACAACAAAACUUGUAUUUUGACACAUCACAGAUUAAAAAUCAACCUGUAAAUGGUUGUGCAUCAAGUUCUGAAGGUUCAGAUAUAGAUUUUAAUAUAAAGAAGUCCUCCAUUCAGGAUAAGAGAAAAAGGUGCAAAUUGCAAAGGUCUAGCCGCACUACAUUGCAUAAAAAGAAUAUAUUGGUCACUUCAACACCCAAACCACAAGUUCUUAGGAGAAGUUUGAGAAAGGUACAGAGUAGUCUGAACAAUAAUAGUCGACUGAACACAUCCUAUGAAAUUUUCAAUGGUUCUCAGGGUUACAAUAAUGGAACAGAUAUAGGGAAGAAAUCUGACAUGCAAUGUGGCAAUAUUGCCCAGAAACAGUGUGCUGGAGACCAAACUGUACCUCGAAAGUCCAAUCAGGAGAUAAUCCCCCGUGCGAUUGUGGCAAAUGACAAGUAUGAAGACCUCAGUGAUGUAUCAGGGUUCACAGCAAACUACAUCAGAUCCACAAAAAUACAUUCCAAAACUCCACGAAAAGUAAAAGCCAAGACUGCUAGGAAUUUCAUGAAGGAAUCACAUGAGACUCCUAAAGAAGAGUCAAGAAUGGUCAUUAGUGUAAAUAAAUCAAUUAACACUGGGAUACCCCAAGAGUCCGGACUCAACUGCAGCACAGAUUCCUCUCAGAAUGUGAUCAAUUUGGUCACAAUAAAGAAUAACUCUAAAACAGAAAAAGCUGACAAAGGCACUUCAUUGCUAAAAUUUGUUGACAACAAGAAUGAGGAUACCCUGGAUUGCAGUAAGGAGACUCAUGAAUCAUCGUUUUCCAAGACCAACACAUCAAGAUAUCCCAAACGAAAUAAAACCAUUAUAAAUCUGGUGACUAUAAAUGAGAAACCUAAUGUUGAUAAAAGGAAAACAGGGAACCAUAAUACAUGUAAUAACUCGGAUCUGAAGGAGAAUCCUGAGAAGCUGUCCAGAACACGAAGUGGACGGACAUUAGCGCUGUCACUGAGGCAGAAAGAUAAUUCUGUCUUAGUAGUAAAUAACUCGGAGAAGAAGAGUUCCACGGCAAGCAUAAAUGUGGGUAGUCCAGCAAUUGCAAUGAGAAGGAAAAGGACUCCGAGACGAACUCAAGUUAGGAACUCGGACAACUGCCGCUCACAGAGAGAGUCGAGAGAUAAGAGUGGGUUUGCUCAGUGCUUCUCUGACAGUGACGACAAUGAACCGAGGAAACAAAAGAAGUUCUUUUGUUAAUGGAUGAGAGAUAUAAUUGAAUUUGUGAUUUUGAAUGGUUAACAAGACUAUUUUGUUUUAACUAUUUACUGAUUGGGGACUAACAUCUUCCGUGUGGGACCAGUUACCCUGUAUUUUGUUUAUUCACUGCAGAUAAUGUGAUCACAAACUGUGUUUGCAAGCUGAGUGGUUGUGACCACAGUGGACUGCCUUAUAUGUACUGUCCACUCCUCUGUACAUAGUCCAUUCACCAAGGUUGAGGAUUUACAGGAUGAACUAUACUACACGGCCCGCAUAAUGUUUCAUUUAAAUGUGUAAAUAUCUUUUUGAAUUGAAGAGCCGUAUAUAUAUCAUUGAAAGUUCGACAGUAGUGAUAGUAUUAGAUCUGAUAUAGUUCCAACGCCCAUUAGUAUCUAACAUAUUAUAUUGUUGUGGUUGAUAUUACUAAAUCUAUUCAAUAAAUUAAAAACAUCAUAGAAAAGUCGGAAUAUGAAAUUAGAGAUUCUAAAAAAAAUAUCAGAAUUAUAUGUCUCUUAAUGUAUAGAAACUGAAUUGAUUUGCUUGUAUUUGUAGAUAAACAUGUUACAAUAACAAUACCCCAACAUAAUGGAAAUUUAGUUAUGAUUUAACUAAAAAUAAAUUAAAUAGAUAACUUUGGUAUAUUCUGAUAAGAACUUCAAAUUUCUAGCUGGCCAUAUUUAUAUAUAUAACUAUAUAUAACAAGCUUAUAAAUAUGGGUGAAUUUCAUAAGCGUUUGAACGCGGCGCGGCGAGUAGCGUUUCAUUAGUGUCUAAGAAUCUUUUUAAAAAAUUAAACAUUUAUAAAAUUUGCAUUGUACCAGUACGUACUUAUUUAUAAAAUAGGAUAAUUAAAUAAAUAACUGUGUAUGGUACAAUUUAAUAAACACUAAUGUCAUCCCGCGGCGGAAUUCAGAACGCUCAUGAAAUUCACCCAUAUAUGGUUAGUCUGUUCUAAAAUAUAACAUGUAGAUAUGUACUAUUUGUCCUGGCCAUUAGUUCUGUAAUGUCUGUCUGUAAUGUAACUAGUUGCCCAUUCUAUCUUCACAACUCUCAUUCACAUCAUUACUGAGUAUUGACUAUUAAUGAUAAGAAUUUACAUUACUAGCUUUAUACAAACACAUUGACGAACUAGCAUCGUCAAUGGAAUGGAUACAAUUAUAUUACUACGAUUAAGAUUUCGGGUAAUACAGGUCUAAGACUGAGGGAAGCGAUGGAAAAAUAUCUAAAACCGAAGAAUUAAUUAUCUUUAUAAAAUUGGCAAACAUACUUCAAUGGAUUAUGGACUUCACGCUAUUAAUUUUAAAGUCUAUUAUUCUGUAUUCUUGUCGCUUCCCUAGGUUUCGUUGACUAAAUAACCCUAAUUAACACCAAUAUUACGUAUUAAAAAAUAUAAAUAUUUAUACAAUGCGACAAUGCAUUUCCUAAAAUAAUUGAAUGUAAUCAAUGUGAUCCAGAUACAUGUUAAAGUGGAUUAAUUUUUAACGUGCCAUGUUUUUAUUUAUUAUUUACCCGAUUGCGGCGGAGCCCGAAGGUAAUGUUUUACUAUAUGUUCCAUGACUAUGACAUAAUAUUACGUGUUAGAUACGUUUUAUUUUUAAUUAAGUUAGGUUUUGGUCCGUUUAGUUAUUUCUCUUGUAGUUCACGGGCCCAAUGCAGUACAAGAUCUACAUUCAGCCUAUUCUACUUCAAAUAAAUACGUGAUAAGUACAUAUUUAUUUGAAAUUGUAGGCAUGUUAUUUUUUCAUUUUCUUGAUCUAUGGUUAAGUCAUAAAAAAAUAUAUAUUUGAAAUUAGGUAUAUAUGUUUUUUUAUUCAUUUAAUAUAUUUAUUUAAUUAUAUCUUUAUGACUGUAUGCCCUUUGAUAAAUGCUAGCUUCGCGGAUAGAGGUGGAAUGACUGAACCGAUCAAGUGUUAUCCUACAAUUUGUUGUGUAAUAUUUUCGUGUAAUACACAUGCUUGUAUUUGGUAAUACGAAAGUAAAUCUAAUGUUAUACGCUUAAA